AUGGCGUCGGACUCAAAUGACAACAACAAACCCAAGGAGCCCAAAUUUGAGUGGGAUUUUGAUGUCCCCGAUACGCCAUUCUGGAAGGGUCUGGACUUUCGCGUCGCGCGGAACUUUCUCACCUGCUACGAGCCCAACGAGCUCGAAAACAUCCAUUUCGACGCCACUCUCACCGAAUCCCAGCGGCUCCAUUUCCUGCUCUCCGAGCUCCAGUCUCGACUCGCCACCCGCCAAGCUGCAGUAGCACCCGAAAAGCUUCACAUUGCCGACCCUGUGAAUUGGCAGCGCUUACUGCUUGGCAUCGAGACUCUGCAGAAAUUCCUUGGUCUCUAUGAAGAAGAGGCCGAAACUAUCCGUACAAUGCUCUCAACGAUGGAGGGUGAUGCAAGAGUCCCUUGGCUGAACAUGCUGGCUGAUCUGGAUAUUCGCAAUGGAAACUUCGUUGAGGCUGAGAGCUUAGCUCGCGAGGUACUGCCCUGGAUGCAGAAGCAUGUCAAGCUGGGCGUUGACUCACCCCAAGCUUUUGGAACCACGCGGAUGCUUAUCCAAUGUCUCUGGAAGCAAGGUGGAGGCAAGAAGGAGGAGGCAGAGAGUCUGAUCAAUGAGACUUCCGCGCUUAUAGAGGGUAUGGCCGGGAGCAAGUUUGCCAAGUAUCAGGAUGAGGAGCGUCAAAUGUUGCUCGACCUCAAAACUGAAUUGGAGGGGGCUGGUAAAUGA